CAGACUGUUGGAGAACUGUGCCCCACCUUGUUAGUUGCAAGCCAGCCACUACGAGUUUGGUAGGUGGGCGUACGUAUUGUUGUCAGAAAUUUAUGACCGAACGAUUUUGACCCCCAACCUUCUUGCGAUUUCUACCGUACGCGAAUAAAAUGCCGCAACCAUACGAAUUCAGCAAGCUCGGCUUCAUUGGCCUGGGUGCCAUGGGAGCACCGAUGCUGUCCCACCUGGCUAGAAAGCUACCAAAAGAUUCGCGUAUAUGGGUCCAUGAUGUUGUCGAACAAGUGGUAGACGACAUCUGUGCUGAGUUUCCCAACAAAGUGUUGAAGGGGAAGAACGCUAAGGAUGUCGCACAACAAGCCGACACGAUUAUCACAAUGGUACCCGAGGGUUCGCAUGUACGAUCUGUAUAUCUCGACCCCGAUAAUGGCGUAUGCAGUACGGAUAUCUCGAACAAGCUGCUUAUCGAUUGCUCGACAAUUGAUACUGCAACAAGUCUGGCAGUGAAAGAACAUGUUACAAAUCGUUUCCCUUCGGCAGCGUUCUAUGAUGCUCCGGUUAGUGGCGGUGUGGUGGGCGCAAUCAAAGGCACAAUCGCGUUCUUCCUAGGCUGCGGAGAGUCGGAUGCGAAUAUGGGGUGCCUCACUUAUUUGCUGGGUCUUAUGGGUGGACAAGUUAUACCUUGUGGUGGGCCAUCUCUUGGUCUCGCAGCAAAGCUAUCAAACAACUACCUUUCCGGCAUAAUUGCAAUAGCCUGCUCCGAAGCGUUUGAUAUGGGCAUGCGUAGUGGGUUGGACCCUCGUACGUUGGCCAAGGUGUAUGCUGCAGGUACAGCUCAAAACACUAUAUGCGACAAAUUCUGUCCUGUUCCUCAUGUCUACCCAGAGGCACCAUCUUCGGGAGGGUGGAAGCAGGGCUUCAAGAUACAGCUGAUGCGGAAGGACUUUGGACUCGCGGUGGACAUGGCAAAGAGAGUGGGUUCUCAGAAUGUACUGGGUGAGGUUGGAUUGAAGACAUAUGAUGGAGCUGCCAACAACCCGCGUUGUAGAGAUUUGGAUUCUCGUGUAGUCUAUCGCUAUCUCGGCGGGCAGGAAGACUGGCAGGCUAAGUCAAACGGGACAUGAGUGGCAAGUUGUUUGUAAGAAGGCCACGUAAUCUGCAUGACAUAUGGUGUUCCGCAGAAGAAACAAGUUAGGGUGAAUCGUUCAUCUGAGGCUAGUCAUGAUGGUCCACAGUAAAAGGUUGGGGAAGUUGGAGAAGUUGGGGAAGCUUGGGUGGGGUAAUGGCCUGAGUCCGCCGUCAAU